AUGAUGUCCAACAAGUCAAUAGGGAGAGCCCUGCGGGCGAGCUCUUCCCUAUGCGAAACCUUCUCAAGAGCCAGUCUGUCGCAGCAGGGAAACAGCAGGCCAUUCUCGUCGACCUCAUCACGACCAGUCCAUGUCGUGGCAUUCUCCCCUACAUCCUCCCCCGAGCUCGACGAUGUCCUCACCACCAUCCGCAACAAGAUCCUCCUUCCCUCCUACCUGCCCCAAGACCAGCGCAAGCAACUCUUCUCGCCGAAGCAUGAGCAGAAGCUGCGACAGAACCCCAUCACCAUGGAGAUCGACUCCGAGGUACUACGCUUCGGCCACAUGGAUCUCAUGAAGGACCUGCCCAACACCCGCAAGCUGCUCUACGAUGCCGUCGGCCGCAUGCAGACCCGCGAAGACUUUGAGAACCUCCCCCGCCUGCUCGAGGGCCUCCACUCCGCCGGCCGCCGCCUGCAGACGCGGGACUACGUCCGCAUCGCCCGCAUCGCCGCAGAAAGGGGCUGCCUCUACACGGUGAUCGAGUCGGCACGCAUGGCGCGCCGGACCGGCAUGCGCCUCGACGCCUCGGAGAAGGUCGCCGAGAUCCUCGCCUACGUGCAGCUCAAGGCCAUCGACGCCAGCAGCAAGGGCGACAAGGCCGCGGUGGCCGCGUCGGACAAGGCGCUGCUGUGGUCCGAGAUGGUGGUCGACCUGCUCCAGGGCGACCUCCACGGGCGCAGGAUCCCGCAGGGCCAGAAGGACGACCGAUUCCCCCUGCACCUCGACCCGCAAGUGCUGGCUGCGCCUCUACACAUGGCCGCUCAGGUCGCGACGCAGGCCCACGGCGGCAAGGACCUUGACGGCAAGGUGGCCAAGUACGCCAAGGACGUGGUAUCGCUGUGGCCAGCGGGCAAGGGGCUGCUGGAGCUGCACCCCGCUCAGCACUACGAUAGGCUAGGGGAGAUGCACUACCUGACGGAGAAGAACAAGUUCGUCUUCAUCGCCGCGCCGCUGCUCAAGGGUAUGGACCUGGCCAUGGAGAUCGUGAGCCCCCAGCUUGCGGCCGAGCUGAAGUUGAGAAGAGAUGCGCUGGCGACCGAAGUGGAGGAGGCCUUGAAGCACGUUCGCGAUGACCCGCACGUCAAGGGCAGAGCUGUCUACAACAAGCUCUUUAAUCCCGAGGCUGCUGCACCUGCAGCUUAA